AUGGACGGUAUUACUAAACCUAGACAACUAUUCGACCUUCACACUUCCACCCUUGUCCCACUCCCCAAGACACCUAACGCUGCCCUGUCCUCGCCUGAAUGGUACAAUGCUAUGUAUGACGAGUUUAGUGCUCUUAUUAAAAACAAGACCUGGGAACUAGUACCCCGGCAUCCCGACAUGAAUAUCAUUCGGAGCAUGUGGUUGUUUAAAUAUAAGUUUAAGUCUGAUGGCAGUCUAGAAUGGUACAAGGCUCUUUUGGUGUGUGAUGGUCGUAAACAGCAGGGAUUCUCUCAAAGCAAGUCGGAUAACUCCUUAUUUAUUUAUCACAAGAAUAAUCAAGUUGCAUAUCUACUCAUUUACGUGGAUGAUAUAAUUCUCACCACCUCUUCCGAUGCUUUACGUCAGCAACUUAUACGUCUUCUUGCUGGAGAGUUUGCCACGAAAGACCUUGGACCACUUUCAUAUUUUCUGGGCAUUGCGGUUACUCGCACGGGAAAUAACAUGAUUUUGUCUCAACAUUCCUAUGCGACGGAUAUCAUUCACCGAGCUGGCAUGGAGUCGUGUAAACCGGUAGCUACUCCAGUUGACACUCAGUCCAAGCUUGGUAGUAAUUCAGGGCCCCUCUUUGAAGAUCCUACUUUGUAUCGCAGUUUGGCAGGGGCUCUACAAUACCUCAACUCCACUCGUCCAGACAUCACCUACUCUGUUCAGCAGGUAUGCAUGCAUAUGCACUCUCCAUCCGUUGAGCAUUGGAAUGCUCUAAAGCGCAUCAUACGGUAUCUUCAGGGCACUUCCAACUUUGGCCUGCAUCUCGGGCCGGCUUCUUCUGUUUCUCUUGUUGCUUAUACUGACGCAGACUGGGCCGGGUGUCCAGAUACUCGACGCUCCACAUCAGGAUAUUGCGUUUACUUGGGUGAUAAUUUGAUUUCUUGGUCCUCUAAGCGUCAGUCCACUAUCUCCAGAUCCAGUGCUGAGGCUGAAUAUCAUGGUGUUGCCAAUGUGGUCGCCGAAAUAUGUUGA